AUCCGCAUCGCGGCUUCGGCCAAUCUCCCGCUGGGCCGGCUUCCUCUCGUCUCGCCCAUUCCCCGGAGACGUUUAUAUGCCUAUGAGGACUACUUCGAUCUUUGCUCAUAGAGGUUCACACAUGUUAAUUCGUUAUACAACAACCAGACUUUUCGGUCGCAGUCCUAAUCCUGCUGUAUAUUCGUUGUUACAUACUCCCAAAUCUUACAGAACGCGUACAUCGAGGUUCGAAUCCUCAAUUUCAAGAAACAUGGCCUCGACUGGUCGGAUAGUAAACCCGGUCUUAUUCGUCUGCGAUGUCCAGGAGAAGUUCCGCACGGCGAUCUGGGAGUUUCCCAAAGUAAUCUCCACAAGCGCAAAAAUGGUCAAAGCAGCCAAAAUCCUUAACAUCCCCAUCUUCUGCACAACUCAGAACGCAGCACGCCUUGGGGCCACAGUCCAAGAAAUCACAUCUCUCCUGCCAACCGACGAGAGCGCCAAAACCGAGGUCGACAAGACCGCCUUCUCGAUGAUGGUACCGGAACUGCAGGCCCAACUCCCCACGAACCCCACCGCCGCGUUGAGCGUCAUCGUCGUCGGCAUCGAGACGCACAUCUGCGUGACGCAGACGACGCUAGAUCUACUCGCUCAGGGGCAUAGAGUGUACGUUCUGGCUGAUGGGGUGUCGAGUUGUAACGCGGGUGAACGCCCUAUAGCACUCAACCGAUUGGCUCGCGAAGGAGCAAUCGUAACGACCAGCGAGAGUCUGCUGUUCGAGUUGGUUCGCGAUGCGAAGGAUCCGAAUUUCAAGGCUAUUGCUGGCUUGGUCAAGGAGACGAAGGACGAGACGAAGGUUGCGGUGGAGACAUUUUGUAAGCUGUGAAGAUUGAGUGGCAUUGCAACGGACAGGCUACCAAGUCACAUAGUCACAGAUGGACACGAACUGUAAAGGAGGUCUUCCCAGCAUCAACAUAUCAUGCUCUGUCCAUUGCUUGUUGUGUCUGUCUAGCGCUCACUGGCCUUCUCGACCUCGUUCAGAUGGGGCUUCUUCAAAACCACAUUACCGACCACCACCACCAGGGGCUCGGUUGCGACGUCGUCGGCAUCGCCUACUUCAAGAGCUUUUCCACCCUCGUCCAGACCCGUCUCCACCAUGGCUGCCUAUCCUCCACAGUUGGUGCCUUCCUGAAUUCUCCACCGGCCUUGCGGUAGCUGACGCCCGCCUGCUCCUUCGUUCGUGCAUUGCUGUUCGUUCCUGCAUUACUGACGACUCCGCCAGGCUUGCCUUGGCCCAUGAUGCUCGCUUGUAGGUCGUGGGAUGAUAACGUUGAGGAGGAGGGCUGACGGUUUGUGGGUUUGGGAGUCAGGGGGC